AUGAGCAACUCAACCACCGGAGAGAUUGGGCGGCGCCUCCUGCCCGCCAUCAUCGACGAGGUCGCCCGCGAUGAUCCCAACCGAGCAUGGGCUUCGUUGCCCAUAGACGACUAUGAUCUUUCGCAAGGUUUCGAGGACAUUACAUACGCCGCCUUUGCAAACGCCAUCAACAAGCUGGCACACUUUAUCGAAAAGGCGUUUGGUCGCUCGGACAAGUUUGACACCAUCAUUUACCUCGGCAUCCCAGAUAUCAGAUAUUACAUGCUGCCAUAUGCAGCUUGCAAGACGGGGCACAAGGUCUUCUUCAGCUCUCCUCAUAACCCAUUAGAGACACACCUCGACUUGAUCGAGCGGACACAAUGUACAGCGAUUAUGCUGGCCCGCGGCGUCUAUGCCAGAGAUAUCGUCAACCACCACCCCAUGCCCAAGACCGAAAUCCCAGAGCUCGACGACUUGCUAGACCUGAGUGACGUUGCACCAUUAUAUCCAUACACGAGGACCUGGGAGGAGGCAAAGACUGAGCCACUAGUCGUCUGUCACUCGUCAGGGAAUACAUCCGACCCGCGGCCCGUCACUUUCACACAUGCCAGCAUGGCUUGCUUCGACAACCAAACAGAGCUCCCCGACGUAGAUGGUCGUGGUCACUGGACGUGGCAAUGCGGUCCUGGAGUAAGGUACUUUAUGAUAGCCUCGCCAUUUCACCCGAUUGCUGUGGCCAUUGCCAUGGCUGUUGGCGGCUUUGGGGGCGGAAUUCUGGUGCCUGGAUUCAGGCAUCGUGCGACAACGGAAAUCAGCGACGUUUGCGAAAUCAUCAAAGGAUCAAAGGCGACGACCGGAUUCAUCCCAUUCUUUUUGGCAGACGUGAUUGCGAGGCUGCCAGACGCGGAGGAGAUAAUCAAGCAGUUUGACUCAAUGGCAUAUGGAAAUGGUAGCAACACAGGAACUGUCACACACUACGGCGGAGAAAUCUGGUCGCGGCAUACCAAGUUCCAAAAUAUCUGGGGAGGGGCGGAUUGCCUGACACCACCAGUCCUCGUGGCGGAUCCCGAGGAUUACGAGUACAACUACUUUGACAUGGAGGCGGGCGGCAUCAGGUUCCAAGAGCGCGACUUGGAAUACUACGACGAAGACGGGUCAAGAUUACCAUUAUACGAGCUCAUUCUGACGCAGACGCCACAAUCACAAAAAUUCGCUGGUUACUGGGCCGGCCAAGGCAUCACAGAGGCACCCUCGGGGCCGCCAUAUCCCGAGCUGCCCACUGCAGAGGUGUGGACGCCGCAUCCGGAUCCGAACAAGUCGAGUUACGCUUGGCGGUUCGUCAGCCGGCUGUACGACCUGGAAAUGGGCAACGAGUUCUCCCUGGCCAUGGAAACGGCAAUAGACAACCUCGAAAAGGUGCAAAAGUCGAUUGUCCUGAGCAAAUACGAUCAGCAGCCCGUGGCGCUGGUGGAGCUCGCCAGAGGGCUGGAAGUCGAAGCGGCAUCCGACAUUUGGCAGCAGGCGAUUGAGCCCCAGAACGAGGAUGUGCCAGAGCACUCGCGCAUCCCCCAGACCCACGUCAUCCCGGUGCCAUUUGGCUCAUUCAUCCGGGGCACCGAAGGCCACCUGAACCGAAAGCAGACAGAAAAGAAGUACGCCAGCGACAUUGACGCCGUGUACGGUCGGGGCCAGAAGAAGAUGUCCAUAGCCGAGCGGCCACGGUACGAGUCCAUUAUCGCGACAACCGAGAUCGUGCAGUCGGUGGACUGA